AUGCCCGGGGAGGCUGCACGCGCUGAAUUGCCACUGCCUGAGGCAGGAGGGCCAGGAUCCCGCACAGGGUGGGGUCCAGCUGCUUCGCAAGCACACACAUUCAUUCACACACCUACGUGUGCCGCGCCUCACUCCUGCACUCCUCCUCCUCCCUCACAGUUGCGGACGAAGCUGUCAUCGCAGGAGAUCCAGCAGUUUGCAGCGCUGCUGCAUGAGUACCGCAACGGGGCCUCGAUCCACGAGUUCUGCAUCAGCCUGCGGCAGCUCUAUGGGGACAGCCGCAAGUUCCUGCUGCUUGGUUUGAGGCCCUUUAUCCCUGAGAAGGACAGUCAGCACUUUGAAAACUUCCUGGAGACCAUUGGAGUGAAAGAUGGCCGUGGCAUCAUCACCGACAGCUUUGGCAGGCAUCGCCGUGCCCUGAGCACCACGUCCACCUCUACCACCAACGGGAACAGAACCACAGGCAGCCCUGACGACCGGUCGGCGCCUUCGGAGGGGGAUGAGUGGGACCGCAUGAUCUUGGACAUCAGUAGUGACAUUGAAGCCUUAGGCUGCAGCAUGGACCAGGACUCGGCGUGAUGGGUCGUGACAGCAUACACUCGUCUCACACAGCCAUUCCAGGCCUUCCUGGGAGGAGAUGCCUGGACCUGACCGUCAGCCCUUCCCGGCUAGGAGCCAGGGAGGGGCUGCAGACACAGGUGGCUGUGGUGGCCAGGUCCCCUACUGUGAAGGAGUGGAGAGCUGCCACAGGACAUGUGCCCCAACACAGGGCAGAAGCCUCUGUGCCUCUUCCUCAGGGGCUCAGCGAUGCCUGUAGCAUAUCCCCACUCGGGGAGGGCCAGGUGCAUCUGGCAGGAAGAGCCAGUCCUGUCGGCCUGGCCCUGGACAGCUGAUAUUUUGCACAUGAUUUUCCUCUUCUAACUCUCAGAGACCUUAAAAAGAAGUUUACUACAAUGUGAAUAAUUUAAU